UGUUAUGAAAAGCGAUUAAUUCCCCGGAUAACUAUUUUAAACAGCCACAGACGCAUAUUUCUUUGGAUUUGACUCAGAAUAAAUUACACGUCUGUUUCCUCAGAAACGAAUUGCACGUGCUUUUUUUUAAUAAUCAACAUUUAACGGCAUCUGCUUUAUUGACCACUUGAAUUAGCCUACUAAACUAAACAGCAACUCAAUAUUAAGCAGAUUCGUGUUUAUUGUCGGGAUUAUACAAAUAAAUUAUACGGACACAUUUUCAAAGUAGCGUGAUCUCCAGUGAGACCAUUUCUCGCACUAUCCCUCGUUCGCGUUAAUUGUUCCGACAGUCCGUGAACGCAGCUGUCGGUUUGGGUUACACCUCAAGCGUUUUCCAAGAUGCUAAAGCAAAAUACGCUCCUUAGGUGUCAAUCUGGAGAGCAUCUUGCCCCGAAAACCAGCCUAUAACCCAGCGGGUUCGCGAUGGAUGAAGAAGGCAGGGGCCAGACCGUUCGCAGAGUCAAAGUUCAGCUGUCACCGCCGGGUUUGCUCUCCUGCAGAUGGCAUCUCCUGGACCUGCCCUGGGAGGACGUUCUCGUCCCGCACAUCCUGUCCUGUCUACCGCUGCAGCACGUCGUCCGCCUGCGGAGGGUGAGCAAGCAGUUCCACGGCCUCGUCCAGGUGUACCUGGCCAACUGCAGGACCUUUAAUUUUUCCGCUAUCGGACCGUCCGUCCCCAAGGAAGCGUUUUGCGAAAUGCUAAAGGACAAUAAAGUUCUCCAGAACCUGUCCCUCCAGAACUGCUCCGACUGGGUCACGGACAAGGAGUUGCUUCCUGUCGUCGGCCAAAACCCGCAUCUGCAGAGGGUAGACAUGAGCGGCUGUGCCUCUCUUACCCGCCACUCCUUGGUGGCCGUGUCCUUGAGCUGCACGCAUCUCCAGCAUCUUGGCCUGGCUCACUGCGAGUGGGUGGACUGCCUGUCCCUGCGCAGCCUGGCGGACCACUGCGGCGGGCUUCGGUCGAUCGAUCUCACCGCCUGCCGCCAGCUGAAGGACGACGCCAUCUGCUACCUGGCCAAAAAGUGCUCGGCGCUGAAGUCCCUGUCGUUGGCGGUCAAUGCGAACAUCACAGACGAGUCGGUGGAGGAGGUGGCCAAGAACUGCAGGGGUCUGGAACAGCUGGAUCUGACGGGUUGUCUGCGAGUCAGGAACCAGUCCAUCAGGACCCUCGCAGAGUAUUGCCCAAAGCUGCAGUCCCUGAGGGUGAAUCACUGCCACAACGUGACGGAGUCGAGCCUCGAUCCUCUGCGGAAGCGCGACGUGACGAUCGAUGUCGAGCCGCCUUUACCGAGAGCUCUGGUGCUUCUUCAGGAUAUGCUGGGAUUCGCUCCUUUUAUCAAUCUCCAGAUCUAGCCACAGGGUAUUAUUUUAAACAAGCCCCCAAAGCGAGGCGACUGACGGCUGUCACCUAAACCGGCGUCACGUGAUGCACAGUGUUUGGGGGAAAACAUCAUUUGACGCUUGAGGCAAACAUGGAAUAAAA